AUGAGUGAGGCGAUCCAUUCUGUGGCCUGGCACCACGAGGGGAAGCAGUUUAUCUGUAGUCACUCAGAUGGCACACUGACCAUAUGGAAUAUAAAGUCCCCAGCCAAGCCCGUACAGACAAUCACGCCACAUGGAAAGCAGCCUAAAGAUGGAAAAAAGCCAGAGCCUUGCAAACCCAUUCUUAAAGUAGAGUACAAGACCACGAGAGCAGGGGAUCCAUUUAUGAUCUUCUCUGGUGGUUUGUCGUAUGACACUGUUGGUCGACGGCCAUGCUUGACAGUAAUGCAUGGAAAGAGCACGGCAGUAUUGGAGAUGGAUUAUUCCAUUGUAGAUUUCCUCACCCUGUGUGAAACGCCAUAUCCUAAUGAUUUUCAGGAACCAUAUGCUGUAGUGGUCCUCCUCGAAAAGGAUUUAGUUGUUAUUGACCUUGCACAAAACGGUUACCCUAUCUUUGAAAAUCCUUAUCCCAUGAUGAUUCAUGAGUCUCCUGUGACGUGUUGUGAGUACUUAGCCGAUUGUCCUGUGGACCUCAUACCUGCACUUUACUCUGUCGGGUCUCGCCAGAAACGACAGGGCUACAGCAAAAAGGAAUGGCCUAUCAGUGGCGGAAACUGGGGCCUGGGCACACAAAGCUACCCUGAAAUAAUAAUAACUGGGCAUGCAGAUGGUUCAGUGAAGUUCUGGGAUGCAUCAGCAAUAAUGCUCCAGGUGCUGUAUAAGCUGAAGACAGCUAAGGUGUUUGAGAAGGCACGCUGUAAGGAGGAGAAACCCAGCACAGAGAUUGUGGAUGAGGACCCGUUUGCCAUUCAGUUGAUGUCUUGGUGUCCCGAGAGCCGCAUGCUUUGUGUGGCUGGUGUCUCUGCCCAUGUCAUCAUAUACAGGUUCAGCAAACAGGAAAUCACCACAGAAGUUGUGCAGUUACUGGAGGUCAGGUUACAGUAUGAGCUGAAUGAUCUGGAGUCUCCAGAAGGGGGAGGAGAUCAGACACCAGCUCCUCCCACACCAAGCACCUCCCCUAGUCCACAAACUGCCGCUCCUCAGACAUACACCUCCACUAGCAGCAACUCAUCAGAUGGGAUCCGAGACAACAUACCCUGCCUCAAGGUGCGCUGCAGUCCUCUGAAGCAGUCUCCAGGGUAUCAGGUGGAGCUGGUGGUACAGCUGGUGUGGGUCAGUGGAGAGCCGCCCCAGCAGAUCAGCAGCUUGGCCAUCAACUCCUGCUAUGGCUUGGUGGUAUUUGGCAAUAGCAAUGGUCUGGCAGUAGUGGAUUACUUACAGAAGACUGUUCUGUUGAAUCUGGGAACUGUGGAAUUGUACAGCUCUAAUGACCCAUAUCAGAGACAACUGCGAUCUCCCCGCAAGAGCCGACAGCCUUCUGGAGGGCUUUGUGACAUUAGCGAGGGCUCAGCCACCUCAGAGGAUCGCUGCAAAUCCCCCACCUCAGUCUUCAUGUCAAACCAUCAGCAAUUCUACAAUGGAGGAGGGAGAGGAGCAAAGAUGUCACGGAAAUUAAGCUUGCCUACUGAGCUAAAGCCAGACUUGGUCCUACUCUCUGUAUGUCCCCCGCGGGGUUCCAUACCCCUAGACAACAGGGACAACUCCUUCAGCCGCUCACGGAGCUCCAGUGUGACCAGUAUUGACAAGGAAGCACGAGAGGCCGUCACAUCUUUCCAUUUCUGUGAGACAUACAACCGCAAAGCAGAUGGCGGACUUACACCUAGUCUGUGGGUUGGCACGUCUUUGGGCACAGUCUUGGCAAUCUCUCUCAACAUGCCCCCUGCUGGAGAGCAGAGGCUUCUGCAGCCAGUCAUGGUCUCUCCUUGUGGUACUCUUGUCAGGUUGAAGGGUAGCAUCCUCCGGAUGGCUUUCCUAGAUUCUACAGGGUCUCUACUCCCUUCUGCUUUUGAGCCAUGGUACGAACCCAACGCCCCGGCCAACGGAGAGGAGCGGGACAAGGCCCGUAAGAGACGGCCGGUGUCUGUGUCCCCAUCCACAUCCCAGGAACUGAAUGAAAACCAGUAUGCUGUGGUGUGCUCUGAGAAACAGGCCAAAGUCAUAUCCCUGCCCUCUCAGACCUGUGUAUUUAAACACAGCAUCACCGAAACAUCUUUUGUGCUGCGGGCAGAUGUGGUACAGAUGAACACUGGCAUUUGUGUGGCCUGCUUCUGUGCCAAUGGACACAUCAUGACCCUCAGUCUGCCAGGGUUGAGACCACUGCUGGAUGUAAAUUACCUACCUCUGACAGAUAUGCGGAUAGCGAGAACAUUCUGCUUCACCAAUCUCGGCCAGGCCUUGUACCUGACCUCCCCUACUGAGAUCCAGAGGAUCACCUACAGCCAGGAGGUCUGCGAGAACUUACAGGAGAUGCUAGGUGAGCUGUUUACUCCAGUGGAGACGCCUGAAGCUCCUAACAGAGGAUUCUUUAAGGGUCUUUUUGGAGGAGGAGCACAGUCUCUAGACAGAGAAGAGCUCUUCGGCGAGUCAGGAGCCGGAAAAGCACCACGCAGUCUCGCUCAGCACAUUCCAGGUCCUGGGGGUAUAGAAGGCAUGAAGGGGGCAGCGUCAGGCAUCGUGGGUGAUCUAGCUCGAGCUCGGAUAGCGCUGGAUGAGAGAGGGCAAAAACUGAGUGAGGUGGAAGAGCGGACGGCAGCCAUGAUGGCCAGCGCUGACUCAUUCUCCAAACACGCUCAUGAGAAGAUGCUAAAGUGUAAGGAUAAAAAAUGGUACCAGUUCUGAUCUCCGCAAAAAAGCAGAGCCCAAAGGGACUCAGGAGUUCUCCUACACAGCCUUGUUCAUCUGUAAUCCUUCUUCCACUCCUGUCUUUAUCUCUCCUCUGCUGGACCAGUGGGAUCCCUCGCUCUUUCCUAGCACAAUGUUAAAUACAGUCUGCUUACAGAACUGCAGCACAGACUGAGAGCAGCCCCAAUCUGAGGAAUACCAUACCACGAUGGCGUCCACUCUUCGGUUUUUGUUUGUUUGUUUAAUAGCGCCAAUCCUCUCUCAUGACGGCUGGGCUUUGCACGCCCUGAAAUUCCAUUUCUUCUCUCAGUCUUUGAAUUGUUUUCGUGCUGUAGUUUUUUGCAAUCAUGUCCUGCCUCCCGCAUCAGAGAGCAGUAAAUAGUCAAAAAAGACAGACUAAACAAAAAAUACAAUAACUAAACAACAAACAUCAU